CCGACGACUGUUGCGCCGGGUCCAUUACUGCGCCGUGCCCCACUAACCGGCUGCUUGCUGUGCCGUCAUCCGCCGAGUGUUCCGCGAAUACCCACUGAAGACAAAGAGUUGUCGCCGCGAUGAAGCUCUACUACGUCGGCGUCCUCGACAACACCAAGCAGCCUGCGGUGCAGCUAUGUGCGGCCCACGAGCUCAGCGAUUUCUCUAGGUUCACAAGAAAUGAAUAUGGGAACUUCAUGACCAUGAUCAGCAAGACCGUGGCCGAGCGCACGGGGCCUGGCCAGAGGCAGAGUGUCGAGGAGCAGGACUAUGUCGUUCACUGCUAUUCCAGGUCCGAAGGUGUCGCGGGUGUGGUAAUCACCAAGGACUACCCCAACCUUGCGGCGCACAGCGUUCUCUCCAAGCUCAUGGACCAGUUCCUUUCCGAGGUCCCACUCGACAAGAUCCGCGCCGCGCAGAAGGAUGGCGACGUCUCGUUCCCCGCCCUGCAAGAGUACUUAAACAACUAUCAAGACGCGAACCAGGCGAGCAGUAUUGCCAAGAUACAACAAGAACUAGACGAAACCAAGAUUAUCCUCCACAAGGCCAUCGACAGCGUCCUACAACGCGGCGAGAAGCUAGACGACCUUGUCGCCAAGAGUUCUGACUUGAGCGCCCAAAGCAAGAUGUUCUACAAGUCUGCGAAGAAGCAGAACUCCUGCUGCGUUGUCAUGUAGGGGAUUGGGGGGGACGACAAGCAGAUAUAUUCCGCCAACCUCUUCCGAGGGAAAGGAACCACCUCAUUACGGAGCUACGUGCAGCUCGGGCCCGGACAUGUCCCCCCCCCUACUUGUCCACGCUUAGCCGCUCUCAUACACCAUAGAAGGUUGGAGGUGGGAGGUUAGCGGGGAGGGCUCGACCCAGUUGCCCAGGCCUGAUCGAUCGACG